AUGUUCUCCCUUUCUUCCUUACUGAUCAUCACGUCUUCUUCCUUACUUCGAAUGUCGAUUUCUUCCCCCAUCGCGUACGGUUCUACUGUGUUGAUUUCUGCGUUUUUUUUUUCAAUAAGAACCUAUUUCUGCAAAGUUGGAGAUGUCGUGGAUUACGCAAGCCCGGAGGUGGGUUCUUACGCCCAAGAUAGAAUUCUUACCGCAGAUUCAGUUCUCGAUAGGUCCAUAAUCGACCCCGACGAUCCAGAUUCCGAAUCCGUUGAAACGAUCAGAGGCGAAAUCGAGAUCAGUAUCUGUACAUCGACUCAUAGUCUCAGCCGCUUUAGUGGCACUGGAAGCAACAUCAUCGAGCCUGAAUUCAUAAAUCAUGGCAAGUUUCUUACUUUUCUGGAUUUAUUAUACUAA